UUCUGCCAUUGCGACUUUCUUUCCUUUUAAGGUAGCAAGAGAGACAUAAUUUUCUACUAGUUUUUUUCCUUCUUUUUUCCAUUCAUAUAUUUUCCCUUUCCAUUCAGGCGUUUAUAACAUCCACUUCUUUUCUUUCGAUGGCGGCGCCGUGCAAAAAGUUACAGCCUACCUACUUGUACCAGCGUGAACGAACUAGCAUCUAACUGCAGUUACCUUCAGAUCUCCAUUGCUACAGGUACAGGAUACAGAUACCUCUCUUCUAAAUCCAACCCUACCUCCCUCUCUAAGCCAACUCUUUCUAUUGGCACACAAAUGCAGUUCCAAUUUCUUUCACGCACAAAUUCAGGCAAAAAGGAUAAAAACAGCAAAAAGCAGAAAACAGCAGGAAAUUCAUCACCAUUUCCUACCGCCACCAACAUGCACCCAAUUUACAAUAAUCCUGCGCUUUUCCCGUUCUAACACAGACUUAGACUGAGAAAAAACUGCCACUUUCAUUCUCAACACGACUACUAUUAUCAACAGAAAUACCAUUUUGUUGCAACCGCAAAAAUAUUCAUUAAGAAAAAAAGACGCCAGCCUCAACUUCACAAGUUAGUUGAAAAACUGCUUAAAUAUUUCAACGGCACCAAAACAAAACAACCAUAUCGACUGAAACAAAAUUUUUUUGCAACUGCAAAACUUUUAUUGAAGAAGCAAAAGCAAAAAAGAGGAAGCGUUUUGGUAGCUUAUAACUUAAGUUGUAAGAAGAGCAACUACGAUAGAAUAGAAAUUGGAGUGAAAAUCGACGGCGCUUUAAGGGGGAGCCACUUGCCGCCAACCGGUGCAGCGUACCAUCAUUAACAACCACAACUGCAAUUUAGAGGGAAAGCAAAGAAAACGAAGUAACACAUUCGACUAAACAAGAGUUCAAAUCAACUAGUUACUAUCAGAAUUGUUAUCUACUCCAAAUAUUCACAAUUUACUAACCAUUAAAGAUAGCUUCAUACCAGGAGACAGGUCAAAACCUGAACUUCGAAAACAAACAGGAAAUAAGGAAGUGUCACGAGGAAAACAAAACAUUUCAAAAAGCAACAGAAAACUUUUGAACUCUUCAUUCAAUUAUAAAGUCAGAAGUAAACAUUAUUGUUAAGCUGCGACAGAACAGAAAUUGGUUUAAAAAUUUAGCAGUAUAAAAAAAUCGAUAGCGCUACCCAAACAAAGAGAUGGAAUCCAAUUUGCAGUCAGAAUCCAGAAGUGACCAAUCACAACCGAGUCCUGUGAGGAGUCCCUCUUCAGGGAGUGGAUGGCCCCUGAAGAACAUCACAAAGAGAUUCGCAUCUCGCAAAAACCACGAGCACAGCAGCGAAGAAUCCACCAAGAGACAAGAACCAGUCUCUAAUCAAAGCAAGACUUCGGUAGUCUUGAAGAAACACGGGGCCAGCAGACUGGGAUCCAAAUCAUCAUCGGGGAGGAAACACAGCGACACUGACGUUACUCCCAGGACCAGACUAAGUAGCCGAGAACAGGGCGGAACAAACGGAGGCAAAAGCGACAAAGUCAUCAGCAAGAGCAGACUGACUUCGGCCAGCACAAAACUCUCAUUCUGUUUCACUGCGCAUUGUAUCACCUCUGCAGUCGACUCCCCCUCUAGCACUAUUCAAUCUAUAAAGGGGGGCAACAAUAACCACUCCUAUCCACACGACUACUGGCAAGAAACACCUGACGUGUUUGUUCACGAUGAGGACAUCGCCUCGUGGUACGAGCACUCUUCCGAACACGAGGACAGCAGUGUCCGAGGCGAUAACCUCUCCCGGUCCCCGUACGAAUGCCCCAUCUGUUUCGAACAGUACCAGUUUGACUUCGAAGACCACGUGACUUCAACAUCCGGAGCUCAAAUGGGUGCUUCUGGUGGCACUACAUUCCAGGAACAGCUGACGUCAUUCCGAGACCAUUUGCCCAGAUUGAUGCAAUGCGGACAUACACUGUGCUCCAAAUGUCUGGGUAAGUUAGGCGAAGACAUGAGCGCCAAAGUGCUUGGUUUUGUCAAGUGUCCCAUCUGUCGAGAGAUGCACUACACAGAGCCAGUGGAAUCCGGCAUGCAAAUGACUGUCCCUGAUUUCGACACCAGUCGGGAUCCAAAUUCAGACGGGAUCGCGGGGAACGAGGGGGGCGCUGGUGGCUCAGGUGGAGUUCAGACAGGGGCAAAUCAGUUCGUGUUCCGAGUGAAUUAUGCCCUUCUGAGUGCAAUUGAGCACAACUUGAUGCAUAUUUCAGCUGAAGAACUCGCCCACCCACAUAUUGAUCCCGAGAUGGAUAUUGAUGACAAACCACAGAUGUCCAAAACUCUGGAGCGAGGAGCAAGACAUCGCAAAACUUACAGCAUGUACGAGCCAGUGGCCAACAAAAUCAACACCUGCUCCACGGCCAAAGUUGGAGGGGCAGGCAACAAACGGGAGGCCACUCAUGUCACAUUCGAGGAUAUCCAGAAGAUGCUGAGACCAGAGCUGAUCAUUUCUCAGCAGCAUUUAAGUGCUAUCAACAUGACUUCGUCUCCUAUGAGCAGCCGAGCUGAUUCCGAACGCACAAUCACUGCGGGAGACAAUUGAGAAACAAACACGACCCACGAAUAUUCAUCAUAAAAGAAGACAAGGCAAGCGACAAUAAAAUAUUGCUAAAUAAUUAUCGAUGGCAUACUUUGAACAGUCUGACAAAUAUUCAUACAUUCGUGCUCAGUUUAUUUUUAGUAGUAUAUUUUGAUACUAAAAAUUUUGUAAUUAUUUUUUGCAUGAUUGAAAUAAUACCAAUACAUAUGUAAA